GUAGGUGGGGGAGACCUGAAAGAGUUAUCUUCAGCACAGUCUCCCUAAGAUCCUGUGCAGGUGAAGAACUCAGGAGAAAGAAGCCCACUCUAGUAAGCAGCAAAAGCUGGAGAGAGAGUUGUAUUUUUAACAGAAAGAGGAGACCUCCUAAAAAGCAGCAGAGCUGGGAAGAUCCUAUUUCCCUAGGGAACGGUUGCUCCAGAAGGGUGAAUGAUGCUGGACAAGGCCAUCCUCCUUCUAUUCCUCCACUUAGUCAUGUGCUCCAUCUCUUCUCCUCUCUAUCCAGCUCUCAGAUACAACCCAGGGCCCAUUGCUGGCAAGAUGGUGAGCUUUCAGCUCCGGGACAGCGGCCCAACGCAGAGCCACAACCUCUCUGCUGAAGAGCAGGAAGUGGAGAGUUUUCUUACUGAUCCUGCUGAAAAAAGGAUGCAGCGACACGCAGAUGCCAUAUUCACUGACAACUACCGGAAAUUCCUGGGGCAAAUCUCUGCCCGCAAGUUCUUACAGACCAUUAUAGGCAAGCGGCUGGGUGAAGGCAGCUCAGGGGAAGGGGUGCAUGAAUUCUUGACCAGGCGCCAGUCUGACAGUAUCUUGAUGGACAGCCGCUAUCACCAGCAGAUGGUAUUAAGAAAUUUCUUGGGAGCCAUUCUACAGAACCAAAGGCCUCAGGAUGCCACCAGUGAUCAGCUAGAUGACUUUACCAGCACCUUGGCCAAGCUCAUGAAACUGUAAAUAACUCACCCCACACCCCAUCUGGUUCUGAAUAAUUCAGAGAUUGUGGACUUAACUGUACAGUAAACAACUCACAGACCAGAAGAAACAACUCCUGGACCUGAACAGCUGUAAAAUUCAUGCAUAUGCUUCUUGGAACCCCUGGAUGCUCUCCAUUAAAGGACUAGGAUUUCAAUUAACAUGCCUUUGUUAAUUUGAAGGUCCUUGUAAAGUAACAACCCUUUUACCUCACCCCUGUGACUGUACUUGAGCAAAAUUUUACUUUUAUUUGCUGCUGCUCCGCAUAGGGCUCAUCUAUCCUAUACCUGACUAGCCCACAGCAGAAUCUGUGUUGCUAUUACCUAUAACCUAACAGUUUUUAAUCAAAUGCUACAGAAAACAUCUGCUUGCUGUUCAGAUUGAGAGUUUAACUCAAUAAAUAUUCAGGCAAUCCCAAGUUAUGUUUUGGUAUCCAAAUCAAUUUAUCCAUAUGUACUGAUUUGAUACCUCCCUCUGACUGAUCCUGUUCGAAGUGGAGAGGGGAUAAGCAUUGCAUGACUGUAUCUUACAAGUUUUCUUUAGGGGAAGAAAAGCUCCCAAGCAUUUUCAGUCUACUAGAAACCGCACUGGAGCCUCAGGCCUGACUUAUUUAUCCAGUCAGGCCUACCCAUAUGGAUCACUUGCAGCAGGACUGAACCCACUAGCAGGUACUAAGGCUCUGUAGCCUAACCUUGUGUUGUUGAAACAGGAGAGGAUUGGCUUGCUUGCUUUAAAUGAGACUGGUACAACAGGGGUGGGAACUUCCCAUUACACUGAUACACCAUUUCAGUCAUUUAACAGAGGACUACUAACUAAAUUCAGGGCCUUGUCUAGAUCCCUCUUUAACUGCUGUUUAGAAGGAAGAACACUUUAUUGUCUUCCUUCGAUGACCUUACCCACCCAGGAAGAACAACAUUAUUCUGCUUCCAGUUCCAAUCUUCUGAUUUUCCAACAACUGCACAUGUAACAAUUAUGCCUUCAGGAUGAACUGUAAAUAAUUUCAGGGUGGGUCUAACCUUCCCAUCACUGCAGCAGAAAUAAAAGCUGUUCUGAACAAACUUGUCCAACAGCAGGGCCAGAUUCUUCUUGGUCUCUUGAGACGUGUGCCCAUUUCUCUCCCAAGAACUCCUAUAUCAUUAAACAUUAACAAAGCAGCAUUUGACAGCUGGAUUCUGCAAGGGCUAAUUCUAACAGCAGUGCUAACAUACGGGUAUAGGUCACAGAAAGAGAAUGUGAGGAUGCCUGCACCUGCCAACUUCAGCCAGGGGUAGAUGCAGGCACAAGUUUGCACAUGCAUAUUUGCAGGAUAAGACCUUUGAAAAUAUCCCCCCCUUUCAUUUUCCAUUAGGUGGUCAGCUUGAUCAAUGUGAAGCACAGUCCAGCUGUUUUUUUCUGAGAGGAUGGUAAAAAAGAAGAUAGGCCUACCGUGCAUCUGAAAAUACAUUCUUAGGCCUCAACUUAGCUUCUAGAUUUGUGGUAAAAAAAUGUUCUUGCAAUGAACUACAGCCAGAGUCAGCUGGGAGAAGAGCUGACAGUUAAAAUGCCUAGCCUACUUGCAUGUGGGUAGAUGAAGUCUAUCCUUUUGCUCCUACCUACUGAUGUAAAAAUACAGAUGCAACUAAAGAUGCAAGUUUCAAGGGCUACCUAAAACUACACCCCAAGGAGUACAACUCCCUACGUAUUCCAUUAAUGUCAAUCAAGGGUACUAUAGAAAGUCACUCCAGAUUUCCUUUAGCCAUCCCAUGUUAGGCUAAUACAGUGACUCUCAGGUCCUCUGCUCAACAACUGGAAUGAUGGGUAAGAACCUGAAGGGUCCACAGGGCCAGAGGAGAGAUCUGAAGUGUUGAGGCAGGGCACUCUCUCUUGCACACAAUUUUUACAUAAAUCUCAAAUUAUGCAUUAAAGGUUAAAAUCCUCCCCACACUUUUAAAAAUGCUAUGUUUUACAAAGAAAACUUGGAAUAAAGGAGCUAAAAUACCUGCGAGAAGCUACAACUGAGUGUCAAUUGCUGGCACAUCACUAUUACCUGGUUUGUAGAGUGCCUGGCACAAGGGGUCUCCAUUCUUGGUUGACUUUUAAGGCAUCACUGUACAAACACUAUCUAUACUAACACCGAAGUGGCAAAAGGCCUCUGACCUUGGCCUUUUGAUGCAUAGAGCAGGGGUGGGCAAUUAUUUUGGCUGGAAGUCUGCUUAAUGAGUUCUGGUGAGCUGUCA